CCUCCCAAACAUCCCCCGAGGUUCGCGCUCCCCUCAGCUGAGAUGUUGCUGCUGCUGCGGAGCGCGGGCGGCCGGAGACGUGUAGCAACUGCCGCCGUAGCCGCUUCUCCCCUCGGCCCGGAGCCAUUCCAAAUCUGCACUUGUGCUAGGCACCUGGGCUUUCCUGGGCUUCCCAACGGGUGCUCUAUCAGAGCCCUCAGCGGCAGCAGGACUUUGGGGAAGAAUGACACAGGUCAAAGUUCUGGAGCAGACACUCCAAAAAACAACCCGAAGACUGAUGCACUUCCCAGCCAAAAAGGCUACUCUCACUCUGAUGCAGGUUCUUCAGAGUCCUCAUAUCCUCCGCCCCAACUGUUGCCACCCCCUACAAACUGCUGCAUGAGUGGCUGCCACAACUGCGUGUGGAUUGAGUAUGCUGAGGAGAUCCUACAGCACUAUCAGGAUGGUGGGGCCAAAGCGUUGGCUGCUGUGGAGGAACACAUCCAAGAUGAGAACAUCAAGGCCUUUAUCAAGAUGGAGAUCCAGCUCCGAAUGAGAGAGAGAAAGCCUGAGUGAGGCGCCUCUCUCCACCUGGUAGCUGUCUCUCAGGGAGCUGCAACCGCCUCUAGUGAUUUUUGUGCCUCCUUCCCCCCCCCCCCAUCUUUGGAUAAAAAGUGAAUAAUUAUAAGAUGGGUAUUUAUUGACCUUGCCUGAAAAUAAAUGUGACCCCACCCCCAUGUUCUCUGCUCACUGUGUGUUUCUUUUUGAAGUAUCAUUCUUCAAACAUCUGAAACUGCCUUGGCAACUUUUUUUUUUGUCUAACUGUAACUCUUCAUUCUCAAAUAAAUUGUCAAGUAUAUGGCAUUGUGUAAAAAUGUAUAGCUAUAAUCUCUUGCGGGGAGCUUAUAGACUAAAGCCAAUGCAUUAAUUAAUACACUGAGCUUUGUAGGUUACUGAGACAAGAUAAAAGAAAUGUGCAGUAAAGUGCUGUCAAAAAGCAUUACCUCCUCUA